AUAAAAAUUAGUUUAAAACUUAGUCUACGUGUGUUUUUUUGUUUUUGUGUUUUUUUAAAUUUAAAAUUUUUCGUCUAACUUAAUACUUAAGUCUAUUUAGUAUUAGAUUAAUUUAAAAAUAUUUAAAAUAGUACAACACAAUCCAAUCUCAAAAUCGACAAAAAGAAAUAUAAUAUAUACCUAAAUAAAAAAAAAAAAUAAAUCCAAAAAUGUAUAUAAAAUUGUAUCUGUGGUUCGUGUGGUUCGCGUGUGUAUCUUUUCGCGAAUUCAUGUGCGAUGAUCUUGUACCAAUGAUGAUUGGUGGUAAUAGCAGUAUUAGUGGCAUUAGCAGUGGCAGCGUAAGUGGCGGUAGCAGCAGCAACACCGGAAUCAGCAGUGGCAGUAUUGGCGGUAUUGGUAGUGGCGGUGUUGUGGGAGGAAGUGCAGCCAUUGGUUAUGGUGGUGGUAGUGUAGGCGGUAUUAGCAGUAGUUUUAGUGAACAUUUUAUAUCGGAACACACCGUUAUGGCAGUGUUCAGCUCAAAUGGACAAGUGCCGGGUCCCUGCAGGUAUAUGGUAGCUACACGACGUCAAAAUCAUCAAUGUCGCAAAGAAUUCGGCCUGCCGGACACAAUUCGGGAAGCUAGAAGAUUGGCGAUAACACACUGCGAAGACCAAUUCCGUUACGACCGUUGGAAUUGUUCAAUUGAAAUACGUGGCAAACGAAAUAUAUUCAAAAAGCUCUACAAAGAAACAGCGUUCGUCCAUGCUCUAACGGCAGCUGCUAUGACGCACUCCAUAGCUAGGGCCUGUGCCGAGGGUCGAAUGACAAAAUGUAGUUGCGGUCCAAGGAAACAAAACAAAGCUAGUCAGGACUUUCAAUGGGGUGGCUGCAAUGACAAUCUUAAGCAUGGAAAAAGGGUCACCCGUAGUUUUCUAGAUUUGCGUGGAGGUGAUGGAGAUGAGGUCUCAGAGAUAUUGCGUCAUGAUUCAGAGGUUGGUAUAGAGGCUGUUUCGUCCUUGAUGAAGGACAAAUGCAAGUGCCAUGGAGUCUCCGGUUCAUGUUCAAUGAAGACCUGUUGGAAGAAGCUAUCCGAUUUCAAUGCAACUGCAGGCUUAUUGAGGCAAAAGUAUAACACAGCCGUCCGAAAGGCUCCAAAUAUUAGAACAAUGCGAAGAGAGGCACCAAGUAGUCGAAUGAAAAAGCCAAAGCGAAAAAAACAACAACAAUCACAAUAUACAACUUUAUACUAUUUGGAAACAUCACCAACAUACUGUUCGGUGACCAAAGAUCGCCAAUGCUUGCAUCCAGAUAAUUGUGCGAAUCUGUGCUGCGGACGUGGCUAUACAACGCGCGUUUUCAAACAAGUGGAGAAGUGUCGAUGCCGAUUUAAUAACGGACGCUGCUGCCAACUUAUAUGUGACUAUUGUCAACGCUACGAGGAUAGAUACUUUUGUAAAUAAUUCUUUUUUUAUUGUAUUUUCAUUCCUAACGACAAGAAUCUAUAUAUUAUACAGAAAAUAAUUUUCAUAAUACAAACAACACAACAAAAAAACCGUAAAU